UAGAUUGGCAAGUCCAUGUUUGACGAAGCUGGCGCUAAAAUCGUCAACGACUUAAUGACAAAGGCGGAGAAAAAUGACGUCAAAAUGCAUCUUCCGUGUGAUUUUAUCACCGCUGACAAAUUCGAGGAAUGUGCAGAGGUUGGUUGUGCUGAUGUUGCGUCGGGGAUUCCCGACGGAUGGAUGGGUUUGGAUAUAGGACCCAACAGCAUCGAAUCGUUUAAAGUACCCAUUGGUAGAGCACAAGUGAUAGUUUGGAAUGGACCACCCGGUGUAUUUGAGUGGGACGACUUCUCCAAAGGGACUAAAGCCGUCAUGGAUGGAGUCGUUGCAGCCACGCAACGUGGAGCUGUCACUAUUAUCGGUGGCGGAGACACAGCCACCUGUGCUAAAAAAUGGAAGACUAAAGAUAAAGUUUCACACGUUUCGACGGGAGGUGGCGCUAGUUUGGAACUUCUCGAGGGGAAAGUACUCCCAGGGGUAGCAGCCCUUUCUGAUGCUUGAAUUUUCCUCCUCCAGGUUUAAUUUGUUAUAAAUUCGUACCUUUAUUUAGCGAUUUAAUAAAUUCAUGUUUGGUUAGAUAUGAAAUACCAACAUAAAAACUCAAAAAAUACUACAAUGUCAGAUUUGGCGUCAUUUCAAACACCCGUAUAAGGUACCGCAAUAAAUCACACUAUUACACCCAGCAGUAGUAAAAAUGUUCCCAUUUUUUAACCGAAUCAU